GUAGUAUGGUAUAAAAUGAGCUUUCGUCUUAUGGGCCAACACACUCCCUCAGCGCUGUGAACAGACUCUUUCUGCCUCGUGUCACCAAAAAUGGUGUUCUACCAAUCCCUCACUCUACUCUCGGUGUUGCUUGUCGCUGUGGUUGCACAAAAGAGCGCACGUCCUAUCAUAAUGGACUGCAAGUAUUCUGUUUACGGAUGCUGCCCGGACGGUGUAACUGAUGCAAAGGGCCACAACGGGGCCGGCUGCACAGCACCUAAAGCCAUGGCGGCCCCACUUUGUUACAGUUCUGAGUUUGGAUGCUGUUGGGAUGAUGUGACCGAGCGACUGCCAGACCGUCCCUGCCCACCCUGUUAUGACAUAUUCCGGUUCGCCUGCAAAUCCUUCAAGUACGGCUGUUUUCAAAAAGCAGGCCCAAAGCAUCGAAAUUUCCUCAGGAGUAACUGCAAAAAGACCUGUGGUCUUUGCCCUCUCUAAAUGCUGUCAGAAUUUUGUGGAUUAAGAUGCAAUAAACCGGUGCGACAGCAGA